CGAUUUCAUCACGCAGUAAUUCCCCGAGGUGAAACUCAAGUUAUAUUAUGCGCAGAGGCAUGGCCAUGGAUGAUGUUGUUCUAUGACUUCUUUUUGACUCCAUCGUAAUUGGUAGCUCAAGCCUCGUAACAUGGAAGUUUUGACCUAGUGGUCCUAGUCUUGUACAGUGAGCAAGUUAAUAUUCGUAGCACGAUAAGUAAAAGUAAUCAGGUUUGAAGAGAUUGUCGAGUCAUUUUUUCUUGAUUGAGAAUUCGUAGGUCUCUGUCUAUGUCCUGCAGCUGCACAUUUUUUGACGUAAAACAUGUUUCGACCUUUUCAGUCAUGUACUCACUUCCUUGACGAUGCCAACAUUUACACUAUACGUACACAUAGUUGUCAUGGUAAUGAUCUACUUCAUUGGCAAAACCGUGACAGAUGCCCAUUAUUGAUACCGCUUUUAUUCGAACGAGGCGUAGAUUAGUUGUAUAUGUAUUUGUAACAAGGAAGUUCUAGAUAUUCAUUUUCGUGCAAGACUGCCUGUUCGCUGACGACCGAUCCUGCACUUGAUGUCGACGUGACACGUACGCUAGCACUGAACGCGCUCGGGGCAGAAGUCUGAUAUUGAAUGUACGACCAGCAGCUACGUAGAAGUUGUUCUCUCUUGCGUCGACGAUACAAAGAGAGCGUUUGGUUGUUUCUUAGACCGAGAAACUCGCAAAUCUUGGACUAGAUCAACUCCUUCUUAAGCCAACGAUCCAUUUGCCUGGUGCGUUUGAGCGGCUGUUGUUAGACCGAGAAACUCGCAAAUCUUGGACUAGAUCAACUCCCUCUUAAGCCAACGAUCCAUUCGCCUGGGGCGUUUGAGCGGCUGUUGGAAAGGCACUGAAGAGCGCGUCGGAUUAGUUGUAGCAGAGAGUCGGCGAGCUCUAAGAGGUAGGAUGAAUCAUUACGCAGCUGGUCACCAAAGGGCGACGCCGUCGUCAUCGAGCAGCUUUGCAAUGCCGACGCGACUGAACAAAACAGAGGGAAAUAAAUCCACGGCAAGUCCUCUGGCGGGUCUUAGCGCUGGAGGCAUGCAGCAGAAUCUGCUGUCUAUGACGUCAGGAGGUGAACGGCUUUCGCAGGGUGUGCAGUUGAAUAUGGGAUGUCGUCCGCUUGAACUGAACUACCGGAAACUCAAUCGCAUAGCAGAGGGCACUUACGGUGUGGUUUUUCGGGGUCAAAGUCUUGACCAUACACAGGAGGUGGUGGCAUUGAAGCAGCUGAAAGUCGUGAAAAGUCCAACGCAAGGAUUUCCGUUGCAGGCUCUUCGCGAAAUCUCUAUCUUGAGCGAUUUGAAUCACCCGAACAUUGUUCGGGUGCACGAGGUCGUGGUAGUCGGCGGUAAGAACAAGGGAUCUGGUUCUUCAGGUGCGCCAGCAAAGGACCAGCAUCAACAUCAACCUUCGACGUCUUCUGGCAGCAAACACGAACAAGCGCCCAAGGCUAGCGCAGUAGACCCGUGCCAGCCUCUUUCCUAUUGUCUGGUGAUGGAGUACUUGGAGCAUGAAGUGCACAACCUAUUGGCCAUACACCAGUUCAAGAUGUACGAAAUCAAGAACCUAGUAGAGCAAUUGAUGAACGCCAUUGCCUACCUGCACAAGAACUUCAUUGUCCACCGCGACAUCAAAACGAGCAAUUUGUUGUACUCAAACCGUGGUGGGGUGCUCAAAUUGUGUGACUUCGGACUGGCGCGCCGUUUCGGCGAGCCGAUUUUCCGGCGUGGCGAGCAAGACGACGACGAUCCGCACGUGCAGGUAGCCUCUACUUCUGGUGCGGACAAGGCUACUUCUAGUGGCAACUCAGCUCUUAGUGUCCGAGCCAGAAGAGAGGCAAAAUCGGUCCGGUACACGACACCAGUGUGUACUCUAUGGUACCGGCCACCGGAGUUGCUACUUGGGGCGAAGGUGUACGACCCUCGCGCUGUGGAUGUAUGGUCAGCAGGAUGUGUGGUUGGCGAGCUGAUUAAGCGUGCGCCAAUUUUUCCGGCGUCCACAGAAGAGCAGCAAAUACGAAACGUCUUUCGGGUAGCAGGAAAGCCGGACUUAACCACUACCUGGUGGAAGCGAUUCUACAAGCAGCGGGUUCUCUGUGGACGCGAUCCAUCCUCGAAGAACAGUAAGUCCUCGAGUCGUUCAAAAAAAUGGCCUCCCAACAUUGCUGCGGUCACAGAGUGGUAUCCGACUGUAGGCUGGAAGCGCUUUCUCUGUACUCCAGCGGCACAAGGUGGAUCAUCUUCGGCGGGAAGAGGACAUGUUGUGGAUGCGGAUGACCCCGAUCGCUUUUUCGGCAAUGGCAGUGGUGCUGGAAGUAGCUCCACGAGCUUGAGUGCAGCGACAUUAAGUAGCGCGCUUGGUGGAGGUGGACAGCAAUAUCUGGGCACGCAGUUGCAACUCGAACGUGCGCUAGGCAUUACGGCUGAUGACACGCGAGCCGUGGAGCGGUUGGUCGACUUCGUUAGCAGAGUCUGCGAGAUUAAUCCUGACUCACGCUUAACGGCGUCGCAAUCAUUGCAAAGUUCGUUUCUACGCGAGGGUCGCAUAAUGAAAAGCUUCAUGAUGCCCACCUUCCCGGAGACCAAUGCAGUACGACGCCAACACGGGCCGGGCGCAGGUGCGGGCGCUGGAAACAACAAUGCUACUCAUAACAAGCAAGGGGGUAACUUGUUAGCGCAAAACAAUCUCUCAGGAGAGAGGAGUGCCCUAGCAAAUCGUGCCGCUGAAGCCCUGAAGCGCACGCGGGAAGAACUAUCAGCAUCUCAUGCUGGAAAUCCUGCUUCGGGUACCAGCGGCAGCGGAGACUUUCACGGGCCUUCCGGGUUGUCCCACCGGGGACGGUCGGGAGACAUGGCAGAGCCGCCUUUCAAGAGGCAUGUCGGGGCUGGAUUUCGCGGGCGCUGAGAUCAGAGUCGUCGACUGUUAUCGCUAGUGGUGGUCUGCAUCAGUCUCCGUCGCGCUCGCUGGCCAAAAAUUUCCUCGCCUGAACAUGUGUUGUCGACCCGCCUUUUCCCCGGAUAAAUCAAUCGCAACAGUAGAACAACCCCUAGUAGUGUAUCUCGACGAGCGCCUAUAUCGAUUUUAUCAAGCAUCCCUUUCUACAAGGCGAAUAAAGUGAAAUCCCGCAAUGAUGUUGUCACUAAAACACGUUACUCCCUGCCUUUUCGCACUUUUCUAUGAAGAGUAGUGCGAAGUAUAAUUUAGAUGUUGUACCUUGUUGCAGAGUUUCUCAUGUGUACCCACGCAAACAAAGAACUGCGCAAGAAGAAGGACAUGCUGAUGUUAUUAACAUUCCGUAUUUGGAAGCGGCAACUCACCAACCGACUCUCUCGAAC